CCCCUCUUCCCAGCGCAAAACACAGGCUUGCGUGCGGAGCGAAGCGGAAAAAAAGUGCGAGAGAGAGGGUCAAUUCAAAUGUCCGUCGUCCCCUGCUGUUACAAGGAGGAGAAACAGCAACUCAAGGUGCUCAGCACGUUGUAGCCGCAAACCAGAAACCCGAAUCUCCUACGCCAGCCUCUGUUUCACCCAGUGUUCAGCCACAGGCAGGAGGUCUACAGCAGCCUGAUCCCCAGCCCAUUCCUUCACUGCAACAGUACCCCUGGUAUCCACAAGAGGGCAUGCCCAUGCAGCCACGCUUCUAUGGACCCCACCAGCUGACACUGCCACAGCAGCCUCUAAUUUUCCCACCUUAUGGAUACUUACCUCUGUUUUCCUCACCCUAUGGGAAUCAGCUGUUCAGCCCAUAUGGUUACCCAAUGAUUCUGGAAUCAGCUCUCCCACAAAUUCCAGCAAAUCAGCUUCCCAACAGUCCAGUGUUACCUGCAGAAAACGCUGCAGGAGUUGCAGUUGAUCCUUCAAUAGAUGCAACUCAGGGAAUACAGCAGCCACAGCAGCAGCUGCAACAACAGAAUCCCCAGAUUCUAUACAUGCUACAGCAACCAAUGAGCUCUCCUCUUGGCAGUCUUAGCUCUGAGGAACUUCAGAUGGCUGCUACAAUGGGCCAAUUGGGUGUGUACAUGCCUAAUGUGCUUACAAACCAGCCUGCGGGAGCUGUUCAGCCCGAGAGCCAGGCCGCAGGACUCACACACCCAGAACAACAAGGCGUUCAGCCAGCUGUGGGGACCUCAGCUGCUGGAGCUCAACCGAUAAAGGCACUGCCGUGCUCUGGAUCACAGCCGAAUGCUAGCGGGUUCUCUGCAGGUUUAGCUGGGCCGGAUGCUGCCACUGCCCAAACACCUGCUGAACCCCAGCUUCAGCCCAUGCAGGAAACCCUUGUCUGAGACUGUUGUCA